CUGAGGAAGCACCUAAGUAGUUUCAAUCAGAAAAACAAGAAGUCUUCUUCACACAAUCUGUUUAAGGCUUCGUCGGAAUUUGUUAGGUUCCUGAGAGUGACAUCCUAUACAAUAGAGGGAGGUGAAAGAUCACGUGACAUUUAUACCUCUAGCACGUCAUUUCCGCUUCGUCUCAUUGUGUCUACGUGUCCUUCAAAUCUCAUUGCAUUCAAGAGCAGCAGCACAAGAGUGAUAUCCUGUACAAUGGAAGGAGGUGGAAGAUCACGUGACAUUUAUACCUCUAGCACGUCAUUUCCGCUUUGUCUCAUUGUGUCUACGUUACUCUUGAGCAUUCAAAUCUCAUUGAAUUCAAGAGCUUUAGCACAAGCGAAAACGAAAGCAGCCUGCAAUAUUUCAAGUGUCAAGGAGAACGAACCUGCAGCAUUGACUUGCGUCUUCAGCUACGAUAUCAGUGUUACUAAAGACAACUUCGAAGUGGUCCGUCCUGAUGGCAAAGGCCCUAAUGUUGCAAGUUGCACCUGGACAAACGGCAAACUGGAGUGUACCACAACCACAGGGUUCGACGUCAACAAAACAGUCACAGAUCACGUGAUCAUCAGGUUAUCACAAGCCACACCUGCUCACACCGGACAAUACGCUUGUCGUCUGCAAGGUUCUGAUGACGGCGGCUUCACGCACUGUGAUUUUGUCGUCAUGCCAGGAGAUCCACACGACGACUCUUCCGCAGGUGUAGCUGCAGCGGUUGUUAUUCCACUGCUGGUGUUGAUAGUCUUAGUAGCCGCCAUUCUUUUUGUACUGUGGAGAAGAGGGAAAGAGAGUCUUACCAAGAGUGGACCCAUUAAAAUAACCCGCACACAACCAUCAUCUCCGAAGAGGAAGCAAAGGAUGUCUAGGGAGUAUAAAAGGACACCCGCUCCACGCGUGCUCGGGACGCAGUGAAGGAAAGCGGCCCACUCCAGCUCAAGUAGCGCUGAGCUAUUUUAAGACCACCUUGCUCUCACGUGACAUGCAAAUGUCGGGUUCAGGCCAAGUAAAGACAAGACAAGACAAGUUUUUUUUAUUUCACAGAAAAACAUAAAAUACACACAAAUAGCACAUUAUGUAAGUGCAUAGUUAAGGUAGCACGGUCUUUUCGCAGUAUCUCAUCAAAACAGGUCAUCCAUGGUAUUGUACACAAGGUCUUUUUCUCUCCUCGAUCCCCUACCCACAUAUAUAUGCAUAUAUAAAGGUACAUAAACACAAGCCAUAGUCUUACAGGUCAUCUGUUGCGCCGUAUAUUGUACUAAACAAAGUCUUUCUUUGUUACAAAAGAAUCAAAGCAAAACAUUUUAAAUUAAAUGGACAGUCAAUGUUUUCAAUAAAGAAAGAGCCCAGGGACAGAUGGAUUUUGUUAUGAACUAAAAAGAAAUUCUAAAAAAAAAAAAAAACAAUCCGGAAAACUUUGUAGGUGGAAUGUCCCCUACUCACGAAGAAAGUAUUCUUACUUGUCUAGCAAGACGAGAGAAAUAUAAGAAUGUUUGAAAAACUAGCGUGCUAACACACUUUUGAAUAUUGUCUGUAAACUGUAACAUGUUGCACUUGUAAAUGUAUAAAAUCACUCUUACCAAAUAUACAUCAGAUUUUUUUGUGACAUAAUGAAACAAACUAAAUUAGUAGACAUUAAAUAGCAUUACGCAUUAUGCACAUUAAACAAAAACAAAACAAAACAAAACUAUGGAUUGUCACAAAACACAAAAACACAAAUGUCACAAAACACAAACACAAAAGAGAGAAAGAGAAGAAAAAAAAAGGAAGAGGAAUGUGGAAAAGAACAGGAUUCGCGGGCUCCUCAUUAGACCACAAUGUAAAUGCAUUCUCACUUAAAAACAAAAUACACAGACAGAAACAUUCAAUGUGUGAAGAAAAGCUGCUUACAUGGUAUCCAUUUUAGUGCAAAACAUUCUGGCUUACUAUUUAUUGUGUAGUAAUAUUUUUCUACAUGAUAUCUUUUUUUUUUAUUUCCAAUACAAAUGAGUUCACACUUAGAUGAAUAUUGAAACAUUUGCACCGAUAAAUAUAAAACUUUGCCAUAAUUAGAAUAAGGCUGAAUAUCUUAUCUGUCAUAAGCUCAUUUUGGACUCCAAAUAGGAUUAGCUGUUUCUUUACUUCUAUCUGCUCACAAUGAGCACAUUUUUCUUUUAACUUAGUAAAGAGAUACUUCCAAAAUUGUUUAACAAUAAUACAAUCAAAAAACAAGUGUUCUAUAGAUUCCCUUGACUGAGUGCAGAAGGUGCAAAGAUCUGAGUCUCUAAGUUUUAUUUGAUAUAAUAGUGUGUUUGUAGCUAAAACACGAUGCAGAAUACGAUAUUUAAACCACUGAAGUUUUGUAUCCAUUGUAACAAUAAAAAGGUGAGCAAAUAUUUGUCCCCACUGAAGGUCUGGAGAAACUUUUUCCCAUUUUCUAAUGCAUGUAGGAGGCGUCUGUGGACACAACAGUUUAUUAUAUAUAACUUUUGUGCCUUUUUUUAUGCUUGAUUAUGGCUAACAGUGAUGCAUAGCAUGUAGUAUUUCUGUCUGAUUGUUUCCAUAAGUGACCAAUCUUUCUUUUAUAUCUGACAAUGGCCAUGAUUCUACUGUAAUAUUCGAGAAAGUUUAUAUUUUUGACAUGUAUUUGUUGGAAUAUUUCAAAUUUCAUAGGUAUUCCAUUAUUAUCAAGUAAAUCCCCAAUUUUCAUAAUAUUACAGUUUAACCAUUUUUCUACUGUUUUUUGUGUAUCAUUUUUGGACAGAAAAGUAUUAAAAAAUAACAGUUCAUGUAGAAAUUCUGUAAGUGACAAGGGGGUAUAUCUAAUGCAAAAGUCUGAAAAAAUAGCAAAUACAUCUUUCCAAAAUACAUUUGUUUCAGCAAUAUUUUCCAGAAAGUAUCCUCCAUACUGUUAAAAAUUUAAAAUCUGUGGAUGAAUUGAAUUCAAAAGGUACUUCCAGCCUGCAUUUCAUGUACAAAUCUUCCUUAUCCAUCUCAGCUUGAGUGCAUUAUGAAAAGCAUUAAUAUCCAUUACCUUUAGUCCCCCUUCUGAGUAUUUCUGAUAACAGGAUGUUCCUGAUAAAGCAGAAUUACUAAUAUGCUCAGAUCACUGCUGGUGUGCAAAUUAAAGUUAUUUAAGUGCUAAUUACAACUGAUUUUGCUUUAUUUGAUUUGGCUUGAUUAAUACCAAAACUCUCAUAACUUAAUGUCUUAUGUCUUCAUGCUACAUUUUGCUGUAAAUACUUUAUACGGUCUGUUUUUCAAAAUAAAAUGUUAAGUGAAAAAUGUCAAA